GUCAUACACUUUAUCUGAAAGAUACUGUAGAAUCCAGGCAGUUGACUCAGAUGACACAUUUGAACUUCAACAGCGCCAACGGUUUGGGAACUUCUAACAGUUCCGAGAACAACAGAGAACAGCAUCUUUGACGACCAGCAUGGAUGUUGGUGAAAGCCCGCUCCCUGACACCGUCAACCCCAAUAACUUCCCUGCCAAACUGUGGCGUCUAGUGAACAACCCUGCAAAUAAAGCCAUCUUCUGGGACACCCACGGCGACACUAUCAUCAUUGACCGACGUCUCUUCGAGCAACAGGUCCUGUCUCCGGGUACCGUCCCCUCGGACAACGCUGACGCCUUCAAGACGACCAACUUCUCCAGCUUUGUCCGUCAGCUCAAUCUGUACGGCUUCAAGAAGGCCGAAUCAUCGAACAGAGACAAACAUCACUGCAGCAGGGACACUGGGGCAUAUCAUUAUUUUUACAACCCAAACUUCAAGCGAAACCACCCUGAACUUGUUGCGAGUCUGAGGAGACUCACUGUCGACAAUAAGGCCAAGAUGCAGGCUGGUCUGAUCGUCAAGUGUCGCCCCCCUCCUCCCUAUCAGCGAGUCAUUGGUGAUGGCAAAGAUAAAAAUGUCAGAAGAGUUUCUGUAGGCAGUUCUUCACUGCUUAUCCCCACACAUCAGGAGUCAACUCAUCUGUACUAUUCAGAUAAAGCUCAGGCCAUGACUGCACACAGUGGAACCCCAGUCCCCCCACGAUACCUGAUAAGGGGUCACGGUGCAGCUCUUUCUCCUACUGUCUUUGCAGACAAAGGGAUACCACUGUCUUUAAGCCACCACUAUGCUGGAGGAACACUAGGCCAUGCAAACCAUGGAACUCCAAAUUUCCUCACUUUUAGUCCUCCUAAUGCACAAUACCAGCCUUACUUCUGUUCCCAAUUUUGCCAGGGCUACCAGCCGAACCUUUUGGCAUCACAUCUGACAGGUGGCGGGCUUCAGACAGGGCUGUUGUCACCCCAUAGUUAUUACCAGGCAAGAUAUCCUAUAAAUAUUUUGUGUAGCGGGGAUCACAACCAGGACGUACAGCACAAAGACCAUGAGGAGGUGAAAAAAAGUGAUGUUAACUUGGACACAAUUUUCCAGAUUGCAGAUGAGAUGAUGCAAACCCCACCUGAUAGCUGUGUGGUUAGAGUUGUGACCCCAGAGAAGCCAGACCUUGUGUCAGUGCACUCCUCCAAAACAAACCCGGCCAGCCCCCUGCAAGCUAACCUUUUGUGUGCUGCACCCGUUAUAAUGACUGAGUCGGGCAAUGCUAAUGUGGCCACAUGCAAAGAGCAGGAGGAAGCUGUGCUUUCAGUACCUGAACAAGUGCCUGAAGAUGCCAUAUUUGAGGUUACCAUUGAUGAUGCAGAGGACUCUCAGGUCAUAGGUGUCGAGGUUAGCAACACACUGAGGGUUACUAGUCAGGCUUUCAGCAGCUGCAGCAGUACAGGAAGUACACCAGAUCUUUAGAUCUCAACUCGUUGAUUUGAUUGGCAUGUGACAAGGAAUCUUGAUUCACUCCAGGAUGUGAUCUUAAGUUAUCACCAGACUUUAUUCUCUUUUAUAUUUGAUUUGAUUGAUUUGAUUCUUAUUUAUGUCGAACUGGUGCUGUGUCUUAAUAAGUCUUAAAAAAGUGCUUAAAUAUUGUACAUUUUAGUUCAGUUUGAUAGCAAUGUUUUUCCUUAUUGUUUGUGAGUUUGGACAAAGUAAUAAUUUGAGUAACACUCAAAGUCAUAUUUUUUUUCUCUAAGAAUUAAAAUGACUUAUACUGCUGUACUUUUUAAAGCAAGAUUUUCCAUCUACAUUUUUAACAAAGUAUCAUCUAAAAUAUUAUUACCAGCUUGUGAUGUUUUUAAAGAAUUGUAAUUUAAAAUAUAAUUUGUACAGAUUUGCAGCAGUAAACCUACCUAAACUCAGCCUCUCCCCAUUUGAACAUGGAUAUUUUUGACUUGCAGUUUUUUUUAAUAACAUCAGUGUGUGUCAUAGCAGGUCAGAACAAACUGCAGUAAUGGGGGAGAACCUAUUAAGUAAUUGUAUUAAAUGUAAUUAUUUAAUCUACUAGUAACUGAUUUUUUUGAGGUGGUGAACAGCUAUUGGUUGCAUUUCCCUGCCUCUUUACUUUUCACUGUCACUUCAAAGGUGAAGUGUUUUUAAAACUUGUAACUGACAUGUUUUGACACAUGUGUAAAGGUAUUAUCAUUAAAUGAUAUACAUAUAUAUUCCGACAAUACA